UAACCACAUGAGACUAGAAGGGAGGGUGAACAAGACGUGAAGAUCAAGAUCAGCUGAACAGUUUCACAUGAAAAUUGAAAGUGCAUUAAAAGCCAGCAUGUGUAGUUUGACAGAAGAAAGCAAGUGAGGUAGCCGUACUACAGUUACCUGAAUUUUGAAAUACCCCCUAACGUCAGGAAACUUCAUGAGGAUGUACGUGAGCUUCCUUUUUAGCUCUGUUGGUAUUUUCAGCUCUUAAGAAACAAUUUGUGCUGCGCAGAAAGGAAGCGUUGAAGAGAGGAGGAAGAUUGCAACAUGCGGAGAGAUGUGCUAAUAGUGUAGAGAAGAGAAGACGAACCAGACCAACACAUGGCGGUUCACAGUUCAGUUAAUGGGACCACAGCCAUCCCAUGGAGGAGCAGCAGGAAGAGACUGUCACUACUGGAGCAGCUGAGUGGUAGUCAGGACGCCUGGUGCCCUGGGGCACCCUGGGAUAGGGACGUGGCCCACGCUGCUAUCUCUGGAACACCUGUUGGGAGUUUCCUGAUUGUACGGGACUCUGCGACGUUGCAGCCCUGCCUGCUGUGUGUGUCUGCUGGAGGAGAGGAUAAAGCAGUUCUGGACUAUAAUAUCACAAGCACAGACACAGUCUUCCAGCUGUCUGACUCUCGUCUUUCUUUUUCUGACUUGGCUCACCUCGUGCUCUUCUACUCUCUAACCAGGGAUGUGUUGGCUGUUUGUCUUUCCAUUCCUCGUUGGAUCUACAGUGUAACUGAGAAGAACAAAAAUCGUCUCUCUCAACUUGAACCCAAAACUUGGCUCUCCACACCGCCUGACCAACAGACUGAUAAAAUGACUAAUUUGGAGCCAAGCAGCGUGAUGUGCUCUAUACAGCUGACGUCCACCAACGGGGCCCUGUGCAUCAUCAAUCCCCUCUACCUACGCGAACAUGGAGAUGAUUGGCUGACCCACAGGCACACACAGCCAUCAUAUUACAAACGAGAGCGACGCCUCAGCACCACCAGAACAUGGGCAGGGUCAGGGUUACAGAGUAAACGAGCCAUCUCGUUGGAUCAGGAACCCACUACUGCCAGUGUGGAGAGUCCUGGUCUACCCAGAGCCAAGUCAGCUGAUUCCCCACUAACCCCGUCAACACCGACUGUUCCAGCAGGGGUGGUUCUCAGGAGGCCCAGCAGAGAUUCUACCUCCAACCCCCCUCAGAGAGCAAGCACAGGGAGCCUUCCUCCAUCUACUCCCUCCAGCCCUGGAGGUUCAAAUAACGCAGUGUUCGAGAUGCAGCACCACGGCAGCCCCGUGCCUCAGUCUCCUCACAGGGUGUCCUGGAUUGAAGAUGGAGUCUGGCUGCCGCCGCCCAGGCCUUCCUCUUUGCUCCAGCCCCCGUCUCUUGAGCUCGACUCGCUGUCAAUCAGCAGCAUAGAGGAAGAGCAGGAGUACCAAACGCCAAGCCCUAACACGCACCACCCGUCCGCACACCGGUUGGCAGACAAGGUCAUAAAUCGGCUCUCUGCGGUGGGUCAGGUUCUCGGUGGGCUGGUAUGUCCGAAAAAAAGACUAAACAAUCGCGUGCAGGAGAUGAGCGAGCGGAAAGGUGGGGCGUUUGCAGAGGCUGUGAAAGGAUUUGUGGAGAUGACAUUAAAGAAAGGGACUGAAUCCAGUGGGGUCACAGGGUCAGAGUUCUUACAGGAAGUGAGGUCAUCACUCACAUCACUGAGGGAGACACUGUUGGACUAUCAAGAAAUCCAGGUGAUGUUGGAUGGCAUUACUGACAUGAAUGACUCAGAGAUUGAUGUCCUGGUAGAACUUUGCCUCCACAAAGUGGCUCUGAAGCCUGUCGCCGAACACCUCUACUCCUGCAUUCAUGCCUCCCGGACCGAGGACGGCACCUUCACGUCUCUCCAGAGCAACCUGAGAGUGCUCGAAAAGAAGGGGAUGGAGAACCUAGGGGGGUCAGCGGGAGUUGGAGUUCCUGACUCUGUCACCCUGGAGCGGAUCCAGCAGAGGUGGGCUAGCGUGCACGAGGCCUACUCCCCGAACAAGAAGGUCCAGAUCCUUCUCAAAGUCUGCAAGACCAUCUAUCACAGCAUGAGUGCUAAUGCCAGCUCAGGUACAGUGUAUGGAGCAGACGAUUUCCUGCCGUGCCUGACAUGGGUGUUGCUACGUUGCGACGUGGUCACCUUACGGAUAGACACAGACUACAUGAUGGAGCUCCUGGAUCCCACACAGCUACAGGGAGAGGGUGGCUACUACCUUACAACUCUAUACGCCUCUCUUUACUACAUCAGCAGCUUCCAGCCACGACUGGCUGCCCGUCAGCUCAGUGUCGAAGCCCAAAAAUCUCUUAAUCAGUGGCAUCGCAGGCGCACCCUGCACUGCAACCAAUCACGCCGCAGCAAACACAGACGCACCAUCCGCAGGCAGCCGUGUCGGGACAGAGGCUCGCAGGACUCUGGGAUUGAAACUGGAAGUAAAGAGGAAAGCGUCCCGCAGAGCCCUGAAACAGAAACUGGAAGUAAAGAGGAAAGUGAGAAAGAAUCUGUUUGUAUUAAUGUUGUUGAGUCACAGCAGCAGACAGAAAGCACCACAGAAGCUCUGCAGUCAUUGAAGGAAGAGACGAGCGGAGGACGAGAUGCUGAGGACGAAUCACAGACGACCACUCCUGCAUCAGACUGUAAUGAGCAAGACACAAUAAGGAGCAAACAGGAAGAGAGACAGACUCUGUGUACAGUGGGAGAAGAGGACCACAGGGGAUUGUAAUAGAGGGAAGAAGAAGAAUGGCCCCGAGUAGCAAAGAAUGGCGACAUAUUUUCUGGCCAUUUGGUCAAUGGCACCUGAAAAUGUGGCCUCAGCAUGACAAACGCUCCUGUAGGCUGCCACAUAAACCAACAGUAUGACUCAUGUUUUAUAGAGGAAGAAUUAGUUUGAUUAGUGCAAACCUGGAGGUCCUUUAGGUGCUGUUUAUUUGUUUUGUUUUUUUACAGAAUACUGGAUACUUUAAGAAUAAACAUUCAAAAGAAAAAUUCAGGGAAAAAAAACAACUUUGUCUUUAGUUAAACUGAGGCCAUAACCUGUUGUGAGAGGUCACAAGCGGACACUGCCAUACAUAAAGUGGCAUAAAGUUUGGGAUGCACUAAAAAAAGCAGCUAAAAGAAGAGUGAAAAUUGGAAUUGUCUUUUAUUUACACACCGUUUUCACUUUGUAAGUUCAUCAGGACUUUGCAAAGAAAAGCUCACUCAGUGCCUCAUAAGUAAGAGCUCACCUGUUGACCACUAGGGGGCAGCAUUAAACCUCCUGUGAGACGCACAGCUUUCGUCCUCUAAAAUGUUUUCUUUACAGUUUGCACAGGAUUUUACCUGAUGGAAUAAGCCGGCACUGUGUUUGUACUGGAGAACAUAUUAAACAAAUAAACAAACAAGCAAUUAAA